CCUUCACCGUUACCUUACUCCCCACCUGUAAGUGGAGAGCAGAGUAUCGCCUGCGUUACACUUCUGUCUUGCUAUGUGCUGCUCCCUGCAGGGGAUCAGAAGAACACUCUGAGCCAGGCUCCAGGACUGACUCCUACCGCUGCUGGCUGGCUUUCCUGCGCAAAAAGUGUGAGUGAUUUCCAGGAUUCCUGGAAGCCCACUGCGCUCAAAGACAGUUCUCCUUUGGCUUGGAGCUUCACCAAUUAAGUUCAGCAUCGGGAAGACCUGCCUUCUGCCAAAACUUAACCCAAACACACGUAGAAACUACCAUGAAGCGCUGGGCUCUCCUACUCAUUGUGCUCAUCUAUGGGCUUCAGAUGCUCCUGCCUGUGCUGGGAGGCGUCAGGCACAGACCCUUCUCUGAACUAAGAGAUACUGAGCAGUGCUGGAUACAGCCUCCAUCAUUAAAGUAUUGUGUAAAAAGAUGCACUAAAUUACAGGCCUGUUCCUUUCCAAAUCAUACAUGCUGCUGGACCUUCUGUGGAGACAUCUGCUUGGACAAUGAGGAACAAGAAGCUGAAACUCUUGUCAUCAGAGAAAGCGUUCCUGCCCUCCCUCAGGGUGGCUACUCCGAGCUUCAGAAUAUUCCUCAUUCUGCCAUCCCUAGUGUCCUCUUAUUCCUGCCAGAUUGAGAAAAUAGAAAAUGAUAAAGUUACAGAGUUCAUUUCUGCAAUGAGAGGAAUAUAAAGUAUAAAAGAAGGAAUCCUUUCAUGUCACCCACAAGACGUCAAUGCCCAGCCAAGGAGUGUGGACAGAGGAGAGGAGUAAGAACCAGAUAGGGCAGUGAGACACCAGUCAUAUGUUCUCCCAGCUCCUUAACCUGAACCCCUUCUCUACCUUCAGCAGAAACUGGCCAAAUCCUGGGUCUCCUGCCAGUCUUACCUUCAGAUACCCAGGGUCAACUUCAUGAAGUGGAUGGGUCCCCAGUUAAUGAGGCUCUCCUGCAUGGCAAUCCUGCUAGUUUCAGGAAGCUGGAAGGAAAGAAUUGAUUCUUCCACUGAAUUUCCAACUAACAUGAGCAGCAGUCCUCACCACAAAAUCAGCAACAAGGCCACUGCUGAGCCCACAAAGCACCAGUGGGAGCGGAGGGUACCUGGGAGACUUGGGAAGACUGCCACGUGACCCCCAGUAGGAUGAUCUUCUUGCCCCAGCUGUGGGCUCAAGGCAUUGUCUCUCCUACCUGCCAACCCUCUUCCCUAAGCUAUGCCAUUAUCGGUUUUAAUUCCUUGGCAAAUAAGUUGUGAAAGUAAGCCAGAGUGCUGUUUCUUCUUCUAAACUCAAGUACAGAGGCGUUUGGAGAAAGGGGUCUAUAUAAUCAUUUGUCAUCAACUUGCUGAGUAAAUUUGGGUAAGUUCAGUCA